GGUAUAGCGAGCGACAUGUGCGACCCCAUGGUGUAAUUCAUCAUCCUUUCACCUUUAGCGCUUUAAUGUUUUACGCGAGCACUGACUGUUAGUGUUGUGGUUAAAAACGGCAGUAAUUAUAACCCUUUUGUAAAUUAAUGUAUUUACUUAUCAAGGCUAAAGAAGUUGCGGGUGUUUCACUCUACUUUUUCUGAACUUCGGCUGGAUUGUCAGACAAUGUUUCCUCCGGCCGCUAAACGCUGUUUCACAAUUGAAUCCUUGGUGGCCAAAGAAGGUCCUUUGAGCACGGAAGAUCCGGUCCGGCCGACGGCACUGAGUUAUUCAAGCCCCGCUGAUGUCUUUAUGAACGGGUAUCAGAGUCCAGCGAGCAGAUCUUUGUACCCAAACCCGGACUUAGUCUUCCCUGAGACGGUGAACCAUCCUUCUUUGUCGGUGCAUCCGCAUCAGCUUGGUGGUUCGCACCUACCGCACCCGCACUCGUUUUUUGGAACACAACAUCGCGAGCCUCUUAAUUUUUAUCCGUGGGUUUUAAGGAACAGAUUCUUUGGACACAGAUUUCAAGGAAAUGACGUUUCCCAGGAUAACCUUCUGCUCCACGGUCCCUUCGCCAGGAAGCCCAAGAGGAUCCGAACAGCCUUCUCCCCUUCCCAGCUUUUACGGCUAGAGAGAGCUUUUGAGAAAAAUCACUAUGUGGUGGGUGCUGAGAGAAAGCAGCUGGCCACUAGCCUCAGUCUCUCAGAAACACAGGUGAAGGUCUGGUUCCAAAACAGAAGGACAAAGUACAAGAGGCAAAAACUGGAGGAGGAAGGACCAGACUGCCAGCAGAAAAAGAAGGGAAACCAUCACAUCAACAGGUGGAGGAUUGCAACAAAACAAGCCAGCUCUGAGGACAUUGAUGUCACUUCAGAUGAAUAGAUCUCUUUACCAAGACAUGGAAUUCACUUGCAGUUGCAUCCCUAUUUAUUAUGUAUUAUCUAUAAAUAUAAUUAUACGACACCGCAGAAAUGACUGGAUAACUGGCCAGCAUUUUCAAGCUGCAAAAUGAAAACACUGGCUGGAAUAAAAGUAAGUGUGCAUUCAGUAGGUCCUCAACUAUGCUUUGCAUACCAAUCUGAAUAAUCAAAGUAAUGGUUUUGUUAUAGCUUGGUUAUAAAGGCCAAAGCUGAUGAUGUGUAGUAGAAGGAAUGUAUCCCAUCAAUGUUCAAGCAGGAGAUGCCUCGUAUUAUAACAUAAUUGUCACACCUUCUCGCUUUUACCUUUUUUGAUCUCUGCCCAAUAUAGGAGACUACUUCCUGAAAAUCUUGUUUGCCUGAACUUUUAAAUUUAUCAUCUUUUAAUUCAGCCACUAUUUUACCCAGGCCCUUUAUGCUUUAUAAAAUGCAUUUAUUUCUCAUAACCUAUGGAUGGUCUAAUUAAAAAAAAAUAGAUUUUCUCCCAAGGAUAUUUCCUUAAAAAUAUAUUCAGCUUUCUUAUGUUGAAUUGUGCCAUAUAUUCAAUUACAUAAAUUGAGUUUUUUUCUGUUUCACGUAACUGGAGGUGUACAUGGAGAUAUUAACAAAAGAUAUUUAGCAUGGGUGUCCAGUCCUGUGUGCAUAGCUGGGGUUGUAGCACCUGCAAUGUACUGCAGCUUUUCUGUCAUUUAAGUUGUUACAAAACAGAUUUAUAUUAUAACUGCAUGAGUAACUACUAAUUUUUUAAAAACACAAGGCUUCGGACAUGAAUAUAAUUUCCAAAUCCCAGUGCAUGAGCUAUAUUAGGGGAUUAUAUCAUCAUUUCACUUUGAUCAUAAGCUUUAAUUUUUUGACCCUAAAUAAUAAAAUAGCUGGACAAACUUUGGCUUUAGGCCGAGCAUAAAAACAGAUAUCACUUAUAAUUUUUAUUGAACAUAGUUUUAUACUCAGUCCAUAAAAAGAAACAGGAUAUGCAUCAGAAUACAGUGCAACCAUAUUGUUCCUAAUCGCCCUUAAUACGACUGAGUAUGAAGUGAAUAUGAUACACAUUGUCAUGUUUUGUAAUAAAAUCUUCCUGCAAAACUAUUGUACAGUAAUUAAUAAAGAUUUAAAUUGGAA